GAACCGGAAGAGAUUAGAGAUUUUUAGGAGGAAGAAAAUACCACGACAGCCAUCCGUGACCUCUGACCUCUCACCACUCCCCCCUGCCUCUCCCACCGCCACACCGGAACCAUGGGGAGGAAAAAGAUCCAGAUUCAGAGGAUCACUGACGAACGCAACAGACAGGUGACGUUCACCAAGCGGAAGUUCGGCCUGAUGAAGAAGGCGUACGAGCUGAGCGUGCUGUGCGACUGUGAGAUCGCUCUCAUCAUCUUCAACCACUCCAACAAGCUGUUCCAGUACGCCAGCACCGACAUGGACAAGGUCCUGCUCAAGUACACCGAGUACAACGAGCCACACGAGAGCCGGACCAACGCCGACAUCAUCGAGACGUUGCGAAAGAAAGGCUUUAACGGCUGCAACAGCCCUGAGCCCGACGGAGACGACUCCAUCGACCAAAGCCCGCUAAACGAAGACAAGUACCGCAAGACGGAGGACCUGGACAGCCUCUUCAAACGCUACGGCUCAACCGUCCCACAGCCCACCUUCUCUAUGCCAGUCACCGUGCCAGUAUCCAAUCAGAACGCAGCAGCGGCAGCGGCGGCGGCCCUCCAGUUCAGUAAUAACCCCGGCGGCGCUUUGGUCACCACCACCUCCUUCGUCACCUCCACCCUCACAGACCCCCGCCUCCUGUCGCCACAGCAACCAACUCUGCAGAGGAACACCGUGUCGCCAGGGUUACCACAACGACCAGCCAGCGCAGGUGCUCUGUUAGGAGAUCUGGGGAACUCAAACGGAGCGUGCCCGAGUCCAGUCCCUAACGGCUACAUCAGUGCCAGGGCCUCUCCGGGCCUCCUCUCCGUCUCCAACGGCAACAGCCUGGGGAAAGUAGUCCCAGCUAAGUCUCCGCCUCCGCCCAGCCCUCAGAUGGUCAACAGCCGCAAGCCGGACCUGAGGGUCAUCACCUCGCAGAGCGGCAAGAGCCUCAUGCAGCUGAAUGCCCAGCGGCUAGGCGGCUCCCAGGUGGCGCAGUCGCUCACCACACCAGUGGUCUCCGUGGCAACACCCAGUCUCCUAGCACCCUUCUCCGGCAUGCAGACGGCCUACAACACUGAGUACCAGCUGACGAGUGCAGAUCUCACGGCGCUCCAGACGUUCACACCACCGGGGCUGGUGCCUGGCAACAUGGCUGCCUGGCAACAGCAACAGCAACCAACAAUCACCCAGCAACAACAGCAGCAGCAACAGCAGCAACAGACCCAGCAGCUGAGCUUGGCGUCGCUCAGUAACUUGGUCAUGUGGGGUGCAGAGAAACAGAAUGUGGAGAUGGUUAACUGCAUCUCCAAUAUUGCUGCUAACCUGAGGCCGGUGGGCCACAUAACUCAGGGCACAGCACUGACAGUCAACACCAACCCCAACGUCAACAUCAAGUCCGAACCCGUCUCACCAAAUCGCGACCGCAGCACUCCCAGCUCCACCAGCGGCGGCUGUGGAGGCGGCGGCGGAGGACUCCAGGGUCAGCUCCAGGGUCAAGGUCUGGUGUCGGUGGCCUAUCCGGGUACCCUGCGUCUGGAAGUGGAGGGCAAGGGCCGCUCGCCCGUCGACAGCCUGAGCAGCAACGGCAGCUCGUACGAGGGCAGCGACCGGGACGACGGGCAGGGUCGAGGCGGCGGAGCGGAGUUCCACCACCAGGCCGGCAACCAACAGCCCACCAUGGUCCUCCUGCGGCCCUCUUCGGCCGAGCCCCAGGAGCAGGACGGGACCAACGUGAAGAGAAUGAGACUGGAUACCUGGGUGACAUAAAGAGAUGAGCGGAGCGAGGGAUGGACGGACGGACAGAUGUAGGAUGGAGAUGGAGAUGUGUACUUGUGGCUUGUGUACAUGACCCCACCAGCCCCCCGACUCCCCUGAUCUCUUUCCCUUUCACACACACACACACACACACACACACACAUAUAUAUAUACACACCAUCAACCCAAUAACUUACUGUC